GGGAGGGAGGGAGGGAGGGAGAGAGAUGGGGACUAUUUGUGCUGAAAGGAAUAAGGAUGAGGAAGAAGAGAUGGCUCCACUUCCAGGGUUCCGGUUCCAUCCCACAGAUGAAGAGCUUGUCGGAUUCUAUCUUCGCCGGAAGGUUGAAAACAAACCCAUCACUCUUCAACUUAUCAAACAGAUUGAUAUCUACAAAUAUGAUCCCUGGGAACUUCCAAUUAGUAGUGCAGUGGCAGACAGUAAUAAAGAACGGUACUUUUUCUGCAUUAGAGGAAGAAAGUACAGGAACAGCAUAAGACCAAAUAGAGUUACAGGAUCUGGAUUCUGGAAAGCUACUGGAAUUGACAAGCCAAUUUACUCAUCAUCAUCAUCAGCAGCAGCAAUAAAAGAAUCAACAGAAUGCAUUGGCCUCAAGAAAUCUCUUGUAUACUAUCGUGGAACUGCUGGAAAAGGAACUAAAACUGAUUGGAUGAUGCAUGAGUUUCGCCUUCCUCUCAACACCAAAACUGCUGCUACUAUUACUCAACAAGCUGAAGUCUGGACACUCUGUCGAAUUUUCAAGCGAAUACCUUCAGGCAAAAGGUACACGCCUGUAGAUUCGAAGCAGACGACGAAGAAGCCAAACCCAUCUGGUUCAAAUUCAAAAACAUGCAGCAGUGAUCAGAAGCAAGUGAGUUUUGGAGAUUCUUUAUCCCUGGUUCAAACAAAUCAAAGGACAAACUUGUUUUUGGGUCAGCUUAACUCCAUAAAUCAUCAAGCUUCCUUCACAGCAACUCACUCAAGCUUCUGCAAUCCAAAUGUGGAUGAUAUCCUUGCAAAUGGAAACUGGGAUGAGCUAAGAACAGUGGUUGAGCUAGCCCUUGAUCCGAGAUCUUCUGACUGUAAAUAAUAGAUGCAUAUGUAGCGAAUUCAUAGACGUACUUUUUCUUUUUUUCUGCCUUUCUCUUUUAAGGUGAUUUAAGGUAAUAAGAAUAUUUAUUUGACUUGAUUAGGAAGUACAAUUUGGCUGGUGUAUGUAACUUCUUCAAUUUUGUGCCAACAAAUUUUGAAUCACUCCUGCAUCAGUAUUAUUCAUGCUAUACGAAAUUUGUUUGAGUCUGGUGAUAGCUUAUGAUUUAUUCAUAAUAUUUGAGAAUUUAAUCAGUGUGUUGAUAAAUCCGCUAAGUUAGCUGCUGGUUCAGGAAGUGGGUUUCAUCUUUUUGAGGAACCACCAGUUGAACUGCUUUAUCUAAUAGAUAAAAACUGUUUCAGCCUUUUAAUAGUCCUUAA